GUACGAAUCAUUCGUCGUACGAUUUACUUAAUAACUAAACUGACCUGGUUUCACGUGGUUUAUGAACUUUUUAUCAAACAAUGUCUAGUUUAGUUCGGAAAACGCUAUUAUGUGCGCUGAAUACGAGAUCUUCUCUCCAACAAAAUGGAUUUACAGCAGUAAGAAAUCUUACCAGUCGUACCAUGUUGAGUAAACGAACAUUUUCAAGCCCUGUCAAAUUUCCGAGGCAAUUCGGAAGCUUCCAACAGCGUUGGUGUCAUCAGAAAAGUGCAAGCCUCGAAAGUGAUUCCAACUUGUCAAAGUACCUGGAAUCUGAAAUAAAGUCGGAAAUGGAAGACGGGAUUGAAGAAGUUGACAACCUUCUUGAUGGAUGGUCAAAGGAAUGUGAGGGAGUUAAAAUCGUUUUGAACAAAAAGAUAGGCAAAGAGAGUGUCCGAGUAAAAUUCAGCAUUGCUGGGGCUCUAGAGGAAUACGGACCGGAGGGAGAAGAAGUAGAGUAUAAUAUGCCAUUGUUUUGUAAGCCUCCCUUUGAGGUGGAAAUUGUCAAGCCAAGUGGUAACACAAUG